AUGGAGCUCUUGGCGUUUCUCAUCAUUGGCGCCUCCUUCGCUGGCUUUCGGGGGCUGCACUGGAUCCUGAAAUACCUGCCCAUGCCCAAAGCUGCUGCUCGGAACCGCUGGAAGUGGCAGUACACCUGUGUCUCGCUGGUGCACAGCGUGUUAGCCGGAACCGGGGCGCUGCUCGGGGUGGUAUUCUUCCCCCAGAUAAUUGCCGACCCAGUUCAUUUCCACUCUCCUUGGUUUCUGACGCUGGUUUCUAUAUCUGUGGGUUACUUCCUGGCUGAUGGAGUUGAACUGUUCUGGAACCAGGCCUUGAGACAGACCUGGCCUGAACUCUGUCACCAUGUGGUGGUAGCAAUCUGCUUCACCACUGCCAUUCUAGUUCAUUACUACCUGGGCUUCAUGGUGGUGUCUCUACUCAUGAUGCUGAACUCCAUCUGCCAGAACAUACGGAAGUUGCUGCUGUUUUCCAGGAAGGCCCCAUCCCGGGCCUUCAACAUGGCCUCCUGGGCCACUAUGGUCAGCUUUGUUAUCUUCCGCCUUGUGCCACUGGGGUGGAUGAUUCUGUGGCUGAGCCAGCAUUAUCAUGAGGUGCAUCCUGUCCUGGUUGUCCUAGGUAUCAUUGGACUGUUUACUGUAGGUGUAUUGAGCAUUAUAGGAGCUGUCCAAAUCCUUAUUAGUGAUGUUCGGCGGUCUCGGCAUUGCCCAUUCACAUCUGGGCACAAGGAAACACCAGAAACCAGGUUCUGUUUAAUUGGUGAGCAAGUUGCUGGACACUCGUCUACUCUCAGAAUGAGAAACUAG